CCGACGCCGGUAAGAUURCAGACGAAGACCAUACAGGAUCCUUCGACUCACACUAGAGCUGCGUUGGGGUGCAUCAAUAUGUCAAUAUCGACGGACUUGUCAAGCAGCAACAGCAGUACUUGUGGUUGUAACGCCGAAGUCUUCGAACGAAGUCGACCUUUCCUGUGUUGAAAGAUUAUCAGACCGAAGCGUCCUGGAUUUUCUUGUCCGACACCAUGCCAUUCUCUCUUUCUCAUGAAAAACGAAGCAAGCAAGGGACCUUGUGGGGCAUCGCCUUCUCUCCCGAAAUAGUUGUGGAUGGAGGYUCGACGUACCAGUAUUUUGCGACCUGCGGGGGGCAGCAUGCGUUCAUGUACGAAUACCACCGGCACGAAUUUCGGCCUUUUCAGAGAUACAAAUCGUCAAACACAGAGGAGGACUUUUAUGCCAUUACGUUCGCCCAUCGUCGCUUCUCCCACUACAAUGAAGCACAGCUACAACACUUCGACGUACAGGAAACAAAACGAAUUMUAUGUGUCGCUGGUGCCGGUGGAGAUAUCUUGGUAAUCGACGUCGACGAAAACAGAAUAGAUGGGACCCUGGAAGGAAGCGUUAGUUCUGUGUUYGACCUAAAAGCCAUCGAUUGUGAACUCAAUGGCGUGAGGCACAACCUGCUAUGUAGCUCAACGAAAGACGAGGUCCGACUCUGGAACCUGGAUACGUUCGCUAACGUGUGYUUGUUUGCCGGAUGGCCSGAUGGCCACUUCGGCGAUGUUCUUUCCGUUGCCUGGCACCCAACCGGAUCUUGGAUCGUAUCGGGGGGCGGGGAUGAGCCUAGUGAGAAAAACGCGAUCCCCGAGGGCUCCAAAAUGAAAGACUUUCAGAUCUGUGUUUGGAACGUGCUCRAUAGCCCUAGGAUACGGGAGGCGAUUCAGGCAUCCUCGGACCUUCCCAAAUUUGCAACGGAACGAUCGCAAUUCCAUGCCCAUACCGAGCGGUUCGCCGCUUCGGUCCACAACGAUGUUCAUUCCUAUAUAGUGGACUGUGUUGAGUGGCUGGGAMACCUGAUUUUGUCGAAAUCGGUACACAGCGAAAUACUGCUUUGGAAGCCUCUGGUACAUGACGAUGGUGACUACAGAAAGAGCAGCAUCGUUCCAAUMAAAAAGUUUCCUUACAAAAAAGGCGAUGUUUAUUUCGUGAGAUUUGCUUUGUCCUUGAACGAUCCUGAUUCGGACAAAUCGUCGUUUCUUGCUGUUGGAAACAGUGUUGGGGAAAUUAGUGURUGGGAUCUAAAGCUUAAAACUCUCGACGACAAGCCUGUAAAAAUGGCUUCGAAAAUUCUUCGAACGAAAAAGUCGAAAACAACAAAACCAAAUUCUCUUACGCCAAUCAAACGCAGUUUAGCAUUUAGUCCGGAUGGAGAAGCUCUGGCGGGUUGUGACGAAGGCGGUAGCGUGUUUCUUUGGGAGACGAACAAAUUUCGGAAGCAAAAGUCAGCGUGCACUGCGGCGCCAAAGCCGGCGUUGGAACGCACCGCGGUAGCUCCCAAAGCAAGGGAUUCUCUAGUUCCUAGCGAGACCGAUAUGUCRCCAACGAACCGGGCUGUUUCUGUGUUCAAWACUGGGUCAUUGCUAACUGUCAACGCUACCGAAAUUGUAGCACCAAGUCCUCGACGUUCCUCUUCUGUUGCUGGUACUAGCAGAGGGUUGAAAGAAUGGAAAGUAAAUCCCGUAACACCCAAGCCUACUGUCAACUGUGAGCCCUCCGCAAACAUUGAUACGAUCGAUAGUGCAAAAUUUAAUGACGCAAAAGCCAGGUCUGUUGUCGACUCUGAGGACUCCCCGAAUGUCGGUACGAGUGACAAUACAAAACCAAAUGGCGGACAAACCAUAUCUGUUGCGAAAGCCAACCCCUCCAUGAUUGUGGACACGAGCGGCAAUGGAAAACUAAAAUCCGCAGGAGCUAGAUUUGUUGCUAAAUCCACCUCYUCCUCGACUAUGGAUACGGAGAAAAGUACAAUACCAAAUUCUGCGGRGGCUAAGUUUAUAGCCGAUGCAAAAAGAAGUACAAAACCAACAGAUCCCGCACRGACCAACUCAGUAUCGAAGUCCAGCUCAUCCUUGAAUGAAAAUUCGAAAAGUACAAAACCAACACCUGUGAGGGUUGGACUACUUCUCGACAAACACCAGUCCUCCUCAGGUGCGGAUGCGACCAAAUCUGCCGCAUCAAAUUCAGAGAACACUAAGUCUGCUGUUAGCAUUCUAGGAGCUGCGCCGUGGAUCGAUUUGACCGAAGCCACGGCGCCAUCUCCCGGUACUAAAUCGARUGUCUUUGCCAGUCUUCCGAAGGCUUCCCCUUGUAUUGAUUUGACGGAAACCACGUCGUCGAAUCCAAAGGCCAAGCCCGCUAUAAACCUUUCCGAUUCAGCGUGUAUCGAUUUAACCGAAACCCAAACUGCAAAGCCUGAAAAUACAAAACCUAAUGCUGAACACCAGAGUUCUGGGAUAAUUGAUUUAACCGAAACACCAGCACGAGGUUCUCAAAACACGAAGCCCAUACCUACUAAUAGACAGAGUAAGCCAGAAUGCCCAAUCAUAGAUUUAAGCUAAGCAUUUCAAUUUUGAAGCUGUUCAAAACAAAGAAUAGAAAGAAACUGUCACC